CAACCGACAUGUCUGUAACGCAUCACGCACAGUUGGCCCGUUGGCGGUGCACCGGCAUGGCUGUGCUACUUAGUCUCAGAGGAAUGCCAAGCUCAAGUUUUGAGAAGCUCGUCCAUUUGAAGCAUCAAUGUUGACAGUCCUACAUGUACAGUACAUUUCAUGAUCUGCAGAUUUUUGGUCUUCUUUGAUGAUUGGAAUUGGAAAGCCCUUUGCAAAAAUGUUCCCAAACCAUAUCUGCAGUUUUGACGAGGUGGAUGGAGCUCAGAGUUCUCAUGUCAAGAUGGUUGCAAAAGGAUGCUCAAACAUUUACCAUGAAACACUUUCUAACAGUCCAAGUUGGAAAUGUCUUCCUCUAAAAUGUGACAGCUCUCUCCAAGAAAGUUACCAGUACCAUUAUGAGUGGAGUAAUGAUAGUCCGAGCAGUCUGGCUAGUUCUUGUCAGUCACCGGAUCUUGACUUCAAUCGAUCCGAUGGAAACCAUAGUUGUAUUGGAGGACCAAUCAUCAGUGAGUUCAUAGGCCCAGAAGGGGGUAAACUGGAGCUCUAUGGCAAUGUUCUUACCAUACCGAGAGGGGCCGUGUCAGAGAAGACCAAAUUUGAGCUUGGUCUGGUCUGGAACAAAUGCCUCAUGCCCUCCUUUGAGACUGACUGUCAAAUUACAUCCAUUCUAAGCUGUCAACCUUCUGGUGUAAGGUUCCAUCGACCGGUCAUACUUAGCUUACCUCACUGCCUAGAAAGGAACCUGUGUAGCAGCAAACAGAUGAGGCCAGUACUGUACAGCAGUCAUCAUGUGUCUGGUGGAAAGCCUACAUGGUCAAGGUACAGAGUUCCGGCCAGCGAUUACUCUCUGGAGAAUGAUAAGAUACAUGUUAAGGUAUUUGACUUCUGUUACCUUGUCUGGGCGUUUGAUGAUGACCGUCCCGACGUGGAAGCCAAGAGGAUGCGCAUCGUUCCAUAUGCUUCACCCAUCUCUGCUGGACAGGAUCAGAAGAUCAGGCUUCAUGUCAUUGAUGAUUUAGAGGCAGUGAAAGAGAAAGUGAAAAAGGAAGAGGAAGAACUUGGAGGAAAACGUCUGACAAGCUAUCAUUCCUAUGUGUUUCUGAAGAACCAAGGAAACCUGAAAAUGGAGAUAAGUUGGCACUCAGUAGGCUGGGUCCUCUGCUCUUCUCCAAUGAUCAAUGUGCCGUUUCGAGAGAUGUGGGCUUGCGAUCACAACUCCUCCGAGCUGCAGUUCAAUCACCAAGGACAGAACUCUGAUUUUAAAUGUAGGAUUGACAUUCAUCAAGUGGGUAAUGACAGCAAGGUCACUUUGUCAUUUGCCCAUGAUGUUCAGACUGACUCUUCUGAUAGAUCUGAAGGUGUAGCUGUUGAAAGAAGAGUUGAUGUAAUGCUUUCAAUGCCAAGAGAAGAAACAAGGUCAGUCAGACCCAGCGCAGUGCAGUUACAGCUACCAAAAGUCCCACCUCUUCCAGAUAUUCCAUUGUUGUCUUUGACAGCAACCAAUGGCAUGACACCUAGGCAGCAACACCUUAGGUCUUCUCCUGCUGAGCUAGGGGCCAAUCAAAAGUUUCAGUUUUCUUUUGGCGCAGUCAGUCUACAUGGUGAUCAGCAGAGUUUUGGAGUGCCUUCUAUCGAGAGGGCCAAUGCACUUGGAGCAUCAAGACCAGACCAGGUAGAGGGGUUGGAUUUGGUUAGCAGAAGGGAGACUUCUCAUUAUGGGAAACCAUCUCAGAAUAAAGAAAUGGUCUCUGCCAUAAACAAUUUAAAUCUUAAUCAUUCCUAUCCUACACGAGAUACAAGUGGAAAUAAUAAAGCUCUUAACCAGUAUUACAUAGGGAAUGUAAAUGUACAUGUACCUGAAAGAGCAGAUCAACGGUUACCGCAUAUGUCUUGGCUUGUGGAAAGUAGAAACAUUAUACCCUUCCAGUUGAAAAAACAACUGUCCGUGAAGUUGAGUGAGUUAGAAGGUGUCAGAAAUUGGAUGGAUCUUUCCAGGUAUUGGAAAUUAGAUAAAAAAUAUGAUGCUGUAGCACGUACAGAAUCAAAAUCACCAUCAUUUACUAUCCUUUGCCUAGCAGAGGAAAGGAAAAUUGUGAGGUCAUUGGAUGAUUUAAGAACUGCACUUAAAGCGAUUGAUAGAGAUGAUUGUGUAGAUCUUGUAGAUGAUUAUGAAGGAAUUUCAAGAUCUGCUGAGAGUGAUAGUGAUUUAUGAAUUCAACAUAAUUACAGUGAUGUUAUAGACCCAAAUGGAUAUCGUUAUCAUGGACCUUGAGAGUGCCUUUGAUGUUGUUCCUCACACACUCCUACGACACAAGCUAAGAAAGUGAGGCAUCAAAGGACCUUACUUUCUUCACUCUCAUUCUUCCUGACAAAUAGAUGUAUGAAGGUCAUUAGGAAUUGGGAACACUCGACUUCAUUACAGAUCACAUUGGGAGAUCCCCAAGGGACUGGUGCUUGACACAUGUCUCUUCGUCUGUCCAGGGGUAUGAGAGUUUUUGCAGAUUUCAGCUAUUUUUUGCCUUUGAUUUUCAGCUUCAUUUCAGCUUAUAUUGGCUCCCGGGGGGGGGGGGGGGCACUCGACCAAAAAAGUGGUAAGGGUGUGCCACGGGCAAGGCAAAAAAUGUGGCCUUGGAGCGGGCUUACUGUAAAAAGGAGGGUCCUCGGAACGGGCUUCGGAACUACAAAUGUUUGUGAAAACGGGGGUCCUUGGAACAGAUCUCCAGCGUGUGAGUGCGUAUACGCAUCCCUAUGGAACGGGCAAUCGUGUUUAGGUUUAUAUCACUCUAUAUGCAUGAUGCAACUAGCGUGGCCUCCGCUGGGUGCGCUCGCGCUGAGGCGAUGGUCGAAACGCUCUACGGCCGGUUUUCACCAAAAUUGCCGGCAGCUCAUUGUAGCAGAUCAAUGCGACCGGAACGGCGUAACGAAAAAUGCGAA